GUGUGAGGAGGCGUUGAGACAAAUUCCGUGGCAGUUAGAAAGUUGAACUGGCUGCCAAGAUGGAAAGGAAGGAACAGACCAUGACCUUUUACAGUCCCAAGGUCGCCACAAUAAAGGGGGACCGGAAAUACCAACGGCCUACCCUUCCUACCAACACACAGUCGAUGUCAGACCAGAAGCGUCAGCAGUGUGUGAAUGAGGCUUACACCUACAUCCGGAUGCUCUGUGGCAGCCUCUCUGCCUUUAGUCUCUUGCUGCUGAUCUGCACGUCCCCACUGAACUGGGUGCAGUUCCUGGUGACCAACAAUGGCCUUGAACUCAAAGCAGGACUCUGGACCUUAUGCAACCAUGAGCUAUGCUGGAGCCACGUACCCAAGCCACCCUAUUAUCUCCAGUAUUCUAGGGCCUUGUUCAUCAUCUCUGGCCUCUGCAUGCUUGCUGGCCUUGGCUUGCUCUUUAGCUCUUGCCGCCCUGCAGAAAGAAUGGCAUCCUCUGAGUUGGAUCUGAAGGUGUUCAUGCUCAGCUUCUGCUCAGCUGUCUGCUUGCUCCUCUGCCUCAACCUGUUUCUGGCCCAGGUUGAGUGGUACACAAAGAGUGCCAUGGAGUCUGAAUUCCUGUGGACUUAUUAUCUUAAUUGGUGCAGUGACGUCUUAUUUAUCUGUGUCGGGAUCAUCUCUUUGCUCAACUACAUAACUUUCCAAUCUCAUCCUCCUGAUGAGAGUGUCAGCACAGAUCUACAGCAGAAGUCCAAGCUGGGCUUUGGACCUGUGCCAAUAACACUGCCUGCUACAGCUGAAAUGUCACGUGCUGAGAUGCAGUUUUUAAGUGGGAGACGGAAAAAACUACAGAAUGUGAGAAAUGGAAAACUAGCCUCCACAAGACUGUGAUAGGAUGACGGAAGGCUAAAUCCUUCUAAAUUUUGCUGUCUUAAAACUAGAGAGGGUGAGGUCAAUGAGAAGUGAUUGUGAACUCAGACGAAAUCUUCGGAUAUCAUGUCCGUGGUAGCAUGUAAGCUAACGAAAUGUUUUUUGUGUGCACCGCAUCCAAAAUAUAUAAGACAAUUAUAGAAAAAGCAAUGGAAGGCUGGAGAAAUGGCUCAGCAGUUAGCAGUGCUGACAGCACAGUCGUGGGAUUCAGAGUUGGAAUCCCAGCACCCACAUAACAAGCCUCUUCAAAGACGAGGUGGAGAUGAGGAGAUGGGACAUCAGCACUCUCUUCUGGAGUGUGAGCGUGCACACACAAAUACAUCUUGAAAAUAAAAGAGAAGGUAGU